GGGCCGCAGUGCGUCCUGCACUCAUGAAUGCCCCGGUGGAAGCGCGCGGGUCCUGAAGAAAACAGAAGAGAGUGCGCCUCGUCGGGAGUAUUGUCUGCCCACUACACACCCUGUGGAUUAUAACUGAGCUGAUUUAUCUCUCUGUGCUGUUCGAUGAUUUGCAGGCAGUAGGAUUUAAAUUCCGGGUUUCGCUCCGCCUAUCCUUAAGAGAAUCUCGUGCGAAAGCAGUUAAGAGAAGGAAGCUAAGCUAGCCUUCAGCAGCAGCAGCCAUGUCUGGUGUAGUACGAGGCCCCGCUGGAAACAACGACUGCCGAAUUUACGUGGGGAACCUUCCUCCCGAUAUCCGCACAAAAGACGUGGAAGACGUGUUCUACAAAUACGGAACGAUUCGAGAUAUCGACCUGAAGAACCGGAGAGGAGGGCCGCCGUUUGCCUUCAUCGAGUUCGAGGACCCCAGGUGAGACGCCAGCUAGCCGUUAGCUCGUUAGGCCGAAGGCAGCGCUAUUGUAACGGCUACACUGGUCGCGUGCUCGAGCCGUUACGCGCGGGCUCAUAUUACUCACUGGACUCCAUGUGUGUGUGUGUGUGUGUGUUUGUUAAAGUGAAGACUUGGUGCUUGUUUUCAUUAAAUCAUGUCAAAUAUAGCAACAUAGGAAUCAAAUAUCAUUAAGUUCUCAUUGCUCAUUUUUGCGCUGCGUCCCCAUCGAUAACUCCUGUCCCCUGUAGAUAACAGCAACACCCACUCGUGUCCUGUGUCUUAUAGAUUAUGACCAUUUUUGUGUGGUGUGCAAAGACAUUCUGUGUCUGUCUCAAAUGUAAUUCAAUGUUUGUUGCAGGUUUCUCUGCAAGACGGAUUAGCGACCCUAAACCAGAUCAAGCAAGCCGCCAACAUGGCCGACUCAGUCCGUGAAUACAUGUGUAUUAAACUUCGCUUUUUUCUGCCUAAAUGCUGAAACUUUGCUUGUUGGUUGUCAGGGAUGCAGAUGAUGCAGUCUACGGACGUGACGGUUAUGACUACGACGGCUACAGGCUGCGGGUGGAGUUUCCUCGGAGCGGCAGGGGCUCCAGAGGCGGCUACGGGGGGAUCGGCGGAGCACCGAGAGGCAGAUAUGGGCCUCCAUCCAGACGCUCAGAGUACAGGGUCAUCGUGUCAGGUAAGCAAGUGAGAUAUUAACUUGGAUCUCAUGUAGGUGGAUUAAUGUUUAAGUGCCUUAUAAUCCUUGGCUGCUGUGUGAAUGUGAAAUGCUUAAUUUGACUGUGGGCUAAAAUUUGCACUUGAACUCAAACUUUCCUUAACAUGCUUGCUUACUUGUGGUUCAUAUUUUAUUUUUUAUUUAACCAGGUAAGAUCUCAUUUACAAGAGUGACCUGGCCAAGAGGUCGGCAGCACACAUCACAAAUAGGGCCCGACUGAUACAGAGUUUCUGGGGCUGAUACGAAUUAUUAGAGGCGGGAAAUAUGUAACUACUGAUCAGUUGGCCAGUUUUUAAAAUUUUUUUAUGAAGUUGUAAAAAAAAUAUAUAUACUGUAGAUUAGAUAUACUGUAGUCUACCACUCUUCAUGCCGACAGGAAGACCGACUGAUCAAACUUGGAUCAGAAAGUGUUUUCAAUUACUACCCCGCGCCGAUCAGUGCCUCCACUUUUCAACUCACGUUACUCAUUUCUGGUCCGGUCUCAUCUGGAGACAUGCAGCUGCCUCAGUAAGAGAAGUAGCUCGAUCACGUAAUGUGUACUGUUGUUUAUUCUACCGUUGCUGGCACGGCCAACAGUGUAGCAAGGCUAAUAGCAGAUGGCUAACUCUAACUUUAGCUUGCAUAUUACAUGGUGCUUCACCGUUAAUUCGGCAUGACUGAGACCAGCACAGCGGGGUACAUCGUGAAGUGGGUUGAACUGAAACUUAUUGACUUAUUGUGUACUCACAAACUGGUUUAUUUACCGUUGAGACGGACCACUCUCCUCCGUGCGUCCUCCGAAACCUAAUCUUAUUCUCCACAUUUUAAUUCUGAAAAUAUUGGCAAGUUUUGGCCAAUUACCGAAUAGUCUCAAACAGGCUAAAAUUGGCUGAUUUAACCGGCUUGUUGAUAAAUCAGUCAGGCCCUAAUCACAAUAAUAAAAAGAAGAAAAUGACCUCCAGAAACACAAUCAAAAUCACAGCCACUAUUCCAUGGUCUCCCAAAGUCUGUCAUGCAAGAUUGAAUGAAAUGCUCCCAGCGAAAUUAACUAUGACCAUUUCACGUCUGUCUGGAGAGUAUUGCAUGCUGAAGUGGAAACAAAACUGAGCGCUUUUUUGCCCAGUUCAGUUCUGAUUCGCGGAUCAAUCAAAUGAAUAGUGUUGUAUGAGCGCAGGGUGUAGUGGCUUUCAGUCCUUUUGAAGAAGACCACAUAAAUAAAGAGCUAAGCCAAGAAGAACCUUAUAAAUCAGAGUCAUGCAUUUUAACAAAGUUUUAGUACAUGCUCAAACAGGGUGCAACUGUUUCUGACAUGUUGGUGUGAGUUCUCACAAUAUCUCAAAAGUCUUUCAAAUCAGCUGUACUUUUUGUUGAUUCAGUGUUUGUAGCAUCUACCUUUUGAAUUCAAAACAAACAAACCGAGCUAUCCACCAUAGCUUGGAGGUUUCAAAAAAGAUUUCCCUUUUUUAUUUUUAUUUUUUUGAACAAAUUCAGAUUUAAGUGUGAGGUUUAAACUGGUGAGAAUCAAUGUGCUAACCUGCUGGGUUUUCUCCCUCACUUUUACCGUAGACUUGAGCAAAUAACUGAAGUUUUAAAGAAGGAGUAUGUAAAGAAUGCGAUUCUUGACAUGGCUGUAGUAAGUUUCUCUGACUAAAAAAGAAACUUAUGUUCCCUGUAGUUUCAGUUUCCUUACUACGCCUGUUUGUGAGUUUCACUUUCUCCUAUUUUUGACUGUCUCUCAUUACUUCUAAUGUUACUAUCUUUCCAAGUAGGCCUUAACAUUUAAAUAUGUGCUUGCAAAGAAGUUGUGUAACUCUCAUGAGUGAUUUUUAAUAUCAUUUUGAUAGUAAGAUAAUGACAUUUUUGCUCUUUGUCUCAGGACUCCCACAGAGUGGCAGCUGGCAGGACCUGAAGGACCACAUGCGUGAAGCCGGAGACGUGUGCUACGCGGAUGUUUUCAGAGAUGGAACUGGAGUUGUAGAGUUUGUCCGCAAAGAAGACAUGACCUAUGCUGUUCGAAAGCUGGACAACACCAAAUUCCGCUCGCAUGAGGUAUGUGUACUGAUUUGAUUAAUAUUCAUGGAUAAUGUGUCUUUGCUGUGUCAAGGUGAGUACUUCAGGAAGACUGACAUGUUUGCAGCACACCUGGCCCCUCUUUUCCAUCUAUGGUUUUUCCACUCGGGGAAGGAUGUUGUCUUUUCAAUGUCAAGUUCUCUUGUGUCUGCCAGGGAGAGACUGCUUACAUUCGUGUGAAAUUAGACGGUCCCCGCAGCCCAAGUUACGGAAGAUCACGCUCCCGAAGCCGUGGCAGCCGCAGCAGGAGCCGCAGUCGCAGCGCCAGUCGCAGCCGCAGCAAUUCCCGUGGCCGUGGCAGAGGAUCGCCCCGCUACUCGCCUCGUCACAGCCGUUCUCGCUCCCGUUCCUAAACCUUUCUACCAUUGAUGUGUUGCCCCUUUUGAUGUACUCCCUCCUGUUUUUACCUCUUAUGAGUUCCUCCAGAUGUCAGCAGUUGAUUUUUAAUUUUUGCAUUUCAUGUCCCUGUGUCCUUGUGGCUGAUCUUGGUAUGUAGAUGUACCCCCGCCCACCCACCCUCCUCCAUCAUUCCCCCUACCUUCUCCGGCUGCUUGUUCUGUUUGUUUUCUCUUUCUCUCUAUCCUUCUCUCUGUCCUCUUACCAAUUUUUUCACAACAAUAGAACACGUGCUGUGCUGAACUUCAAAAACGUUGAGUUGCUUUAACUGGCACUCAAUGUUUUUGCAAGUUGAAAAUUGAGUUUUGUUUUUGUUUCAAUUUUUUAAACAGCUUCUAUCAUUGGAUUUGUGGGGUGGUCUGUUUGGAUGGGGAGCCCACUGCUUAACUGUAUUUUACCCUUGUGUCUUCCUUUAGACAUCUGAAGAGAAGGAUUAAAGUGAUUUGGAAUAAAACGAUUGUGGAGCACAUUUCAUUUGUAUGGUCAGGAUAGGACAUCUAAAUGAGGAGCAAUCAGGUCGAGGCAAUGGUACGCUUCAUAUUCCAUAAAUUGAACAUUUUGAUAGGAUUGCCAUGUCAUGCAUGUCACAUUUAACAAAGCCAUAUGUGCUGUACUUUGUUAUAUACACAAUUUUUAACCUGCUACUCUGGCCUGUGACAGAAUAAGCAGUCCUAAAACAAGUGUUGUGAUGUAAGUGUAAAAUCUUUGCUGUCAAAUGUAAAACCUGAAUCAGUUCUUCUGUUGCAUAGCUUUCCACUUAUAACGUAAAAUGUUAUGACUUCAGGGAGUGGUAGUUUUUUUUUCUCAUUGGCAUUUUUUUUUUUUUACUUAAUCUGAAGUGAGUGCUCAAAAUUGGAAAAAGAAAUUAGGCCCAAAAAUUCUGACAUAUUAUUCUAACGGUCUGCCUCUGAUUUUCUUCCUGGUAUUUCAAGGUUUUGAUUGGAGGAGUGGCUCAGUGGAUCCCAAUCCUUGGAGCUGGAUGAGUGGAUCGAUUAGGGAAGGGAUAGGCAAGGAUGGAUGCUCGGAACGGGAUCAGUUUUCCAGGAUUCAAAUGAGAUUGAUUUCAGAACUAAUUAAAAGGAUUCCCAGAGCAACUUUUUUUCUAUUAGGCCCCCGCCCUGCCUAUCUUUUAAAGUUUUUCAGUGGUAAACGCUUUAUUUUACAAGAAAAAAGGAAACAGAGGACCAGGAAGUUGGAUCAAAGGAUGGAGUCGUAGAUGCCUGGUAUGAAGGAAUAUAAAUUGGGGAGGUUUGGAAGGGGUGUUAAAUGGGAGUAGUUUGUAUGUUUAACUUUGCUUAAUCUUCCUUUUUCUCUCUUAGCAUUUUCAAUAAAAGCAUUUUCAAAUAAGGACUCUUGACUUUGUGUUUUUUGUUU